AUGUCGGCAGCGUUUCCGACCGGAGUACCGAACCUCUUCACCACCCCGUUGGCGGCGUUUCCGGCCAGAAACUUAUUUCACUCUACCGAGCGACCGGUGGAGAGCGGCAACGCUUUCACGCAGGAGGAUAGACUUAUGCUGCAGUUAUUGUACCAGCAGCAACAGGCUAUACAGAUUCAGCUCCAGUCUAUGGCGUUGUCAAUGCAGCAACUUCAUUUGACGCUAGCCGGACUGUCCAAAGUGCCCGCGGCAAUGGGGGCCUAUGGUAGUACCGUUAAUGACACAGCCCCGUCGUCAAAUCCCCCAAACUUUGUUCCAAUGGCGGCGCAGUCAUCUUUUAAUGAUACUGCGGAUAAAACGAAGGCGUCAUCACGGGAAGCUGUAAAAGGUCAAAGGGUGAGCGGUGAAGCUGCAGAAAUCCAAUCGAUACAUGCGUCACGCGCGAAGGAGGCCUCGCGUUCGUGCACGCCUCCACAAGAAGAUUUAGAUGUCUCACGCCCUAGUGCAGUGAACCGAUCCACGGAGUCUGCGGCUCCGUGGGACCCGUCAGCCGGAUCGCGCCAUAGCAGUGCUCUUCGCAUGACUCGUGCAGAGAACCCACUUUUGUCUUCCCUGCGAGGCAAGCUACCUACUCCAAAUCAUUCCGCUGCUGGGUCUGUUUCUGUAGGAACGGGGUAUAGUGCGAGUGCGAACGUCAGUGCAUCUCUAGAGGAAUCAAAACCUUCGGUUCGUCCCACCAUUCAUCCCACCUCUUCUUCUUCCCUCCAUGCUGAUCCUGACAACAGGAAUGUGUCAGCAUCUAGGCGCACCCUGUUGGCGAAACGCCAACAGCAGCAGCGUGUAGUUCUGGACAACCGUAAGGUGGAGCCACCGCGAAGAUCGCAUUCUGGUGCCGAGACCACAACGACAGGGAAUAAACGGAAAGAGACAUUUCACGAUACGAAGGGCAGUAACUCUGCCAGUGAUAAGAAAAAUCGUCGGGUGAAGGAGGAGUAUGGUGAUACAAGCGCUUCUGCUGCGGGUUAUGACUCACAGAGCGAAGGCUACGGGAGCUAUGAGACGAGGCAGUACCUAAAAAGUGUGGGCAUCAUUUGA